CUUUAUAGUGACCAAGCUGUCCUUGGUCUUCUUUUCUCUUCCACUUUUCUCGAUCCUGUGCCGCCCACGGAAAGUCCACCAGCGUACGAACCUGUUCAAGGACACGAAGUCAUAGACCACUCCCUUGAUUCGUUUGCUCGUUCGGCGGAUUCCGCUCCCUCCCGGUUCACACAGCACAUUGGAGUCUUUUGAACUCUGACUCCCAUUUGACUUCAACUCUUUCUGAACUUUCAAAGAUCUACCACCCGACAGGCCUUCGAACGCAUGGUCAGGUCAACACGCCUUAUCCCGAGCGGCUUUUGAGGAACGAAAGCUGGCGCUUAACUCGAAAACAUGUCCACGGUCACCUUCUUGCUUCUGUCAACAGAGAUCGACGUUGAUAGCUCUUCGUUCGAAUUGAUCCCCUGCAAGGCAGUGGCAGACGGUCGACUCAGCCUUCGCCAAUCGGACUCCGGUUUGAUGACCUUGAUGCGCGACUACGAGCGUUUCAAUCAUCUCAGUCGCUGGUAUACCAUCUAUCUCUCGAUUGACCCCGACUACCGACAGAUCAGACAAGAGUGGGUCGGCGCCGCUCUCCUACAGCUAGAAUUGCCAUUGUCUCGAAACACGCACAUGCGCGAAGAGUGCGAGCGUUUCUUGGGCGGCCUUGCUAGAGUCGAUGAAGUCGGCUACGGCUACGAGGUCGAUGUCCUCGUCACUGCUUUGUACAGCAAGCUAUACUUUGAGGAUGAACUCGUAUGCCCUAAGUAUACCAAGCGCGUUCCGAAACAAGGAUACCGAAGAAUCCAUCUCCAAGGCGGCUUCAAUAUGUUUUCAGAUGCACUGGAGCGCUCCUUAUCCCCCGACGAUCACUACGAUGUACACCGGGUGUGCACAGAAAUAAUUUGGUUCAAAAUGCUAACGUCAAGUCAGCGCGAAAUGUUCCAGGCGCUGGACGAUGAGAUGAGAGCCGUUUUCUACAUUGUGCAUCCUGAGCACGCGCCUCCAUCUUAUAACCCGGAACGUCAACAAACCCCAGUUGAGAAUGACGAACGAUUAGGCGCUGUUGGUUCUCCGUUGUCUGCGAGCAGUCAGGCUAACCCACCCAAGCGCGUCGCCGACACGGAUGCAGAUGCAGACCUGCACCCGACCUGCACCCGGUUAAACGACGACGAUGCUUGUCUGGUAGCGAAGGAGACCACAGACGCUGCCCCUUUAGUUAAUUCGAGUCUGCGAAAGUUACAGGUAGUGAUUGAUCACGGGGAUGAGUUUGGAGGAUAACAUCACAUGGACGAUCGCAACGAGUGUCGUCUCUAGCUCUUGUCGACCCGUCUGAUCCUUUUAGUUUCCGCGCGCUCACUCGUUUAUCUGUUUUUUCUGUCUGUGUGUCUGUCCUUCUGUCGGCCUGUCUCAAGCGUCUGCUGUCGGCAUUGUAUUAUGUGAACGUUCUAGACGUAGGGUAGCAAGUGGGAGGGGGGGUCCUAGCCAUAGUCCCACAUGGGUAGGGGUGGGGA